AUGGCAUCACAACCCUGCGACAUGGUUACUCUCGAGCCUACAAGGGUCGUUGAAACCCUCAAGAAUCUCACCACAAGGUUUCGUGACUACAGAGUGGUUGAUGUCGUGAACUUGUUACCCACUGCCAAUGAUGGAACGAUCAGGCCUUUAUAUAUACAGCUUGUUUUGCUUGUGGGGAAAAAACUGCAACAUGUUAUUGCUACUUUGGCACUUGAAAGUGAUGCAAUACAGGAGGCUUCUUUGCUGAAAGAAGAUGGGUACGAAUUACAAGGCAGCAUUAAUUCUGUGGAUGUGGAAAGGAUGCAAGGAGAAGGAGAAGGCGGUUAG